UCAGUGAAUUCUUCGCUUUAGCACAAUACGAAAAUAGUAAAGAGGACGUCAAAGCACAGCAGCAUUUAUGUGGGAGAAGCCCAAACUGCAUAACUAUUUCGGAGAAUCGAAAUUGUCUUCCGGGUGGAGGAAGAUCCUGCACACAAACAGUGAACCGGUUGUGGCAGGGUUUUCUGGGGUCAACUUCGUGACACCGAUCUCAUUUUUCUCCUUCUCUAGGGUUAGGAAGCGAUAAGAAGGCAGGUGACUUUGUGCGCUAUUGUGUCGCGUCGUUGAGGCGAUCCCGGACGCCACGCCCCGGCCCGGACAGGUUAUCUCCCAUAUGGGAGCCGCCAACCGGGGAAAAAAGCAAGGGAAGUCCAGGCAAGCAUGGGUAAUCACCAUAUUCACUCACUGAGGACGUAACUGAGGCCACUGACGUCAGAAUAACGUUCGUCUCCGCGUAUAUAAAGACUCCACACCUCAGCUUCGGCCACAAACAUUCAGCCUCCGACAGCAAAGAUGGUUCGACAGCUGGUGGAGGUGGUCGUCGUAGCAGUGUUGGCGGGGUGGGCUGCGGCGAAGCCCGGCUGUUACUCCUGCAGUUAUUCAAGCCACUCAAGUCCUCCUGGUAAAUCCGGCCACUCUGGUCACCCUGAAAAAUUCGGCCACUCCGGCUCCUCUGGUCACCCCGGAAAUUUCGGACACUCCGGCCAUGCCAGUUUCGGUAAUGUCGGCCGGCCAGGAGGGAACGGGUUCGGGUCUGCUGGAGCCCUCGCGCAGGCCGGAAGUUUCGCGUUUAGCAGCAGCAGCAGCUUCAGCAACGCUCAGAGCUACGCCAACAGCCACGCCAACAGCCACGCCCUCAGCUUCGCCAACAGCCACGCCCCGAACCAGGGUCUGAACCAAGGCCCGAGCCAUGGCGGAAACAAAGGCGGAAGCGGGCGCGGCAGACAUCAGGGAGGAAGGCCCAAUAUAGGUCAUCCAACUGGGUGUCCUAAUUGCGGCUGCGGUGGCUGUGGCGGCUCCUGCGGCUGGUGCGGCGGUAACUACGGCCGCAAGAAAAGGAGCAUCGACGGCUUGAUGAACAGCACCAACGUCCAGAGCCUGUAUGACGCCAUCUCGUCCGAGGACAAGGACCAGUGUGGGCUGCGGCUGGUGUGCGAGCUGGCGCAGCGCGACCCGCGGGACCUGGCCGAGGACGAGGUGCAGAUCCUCCUGCCCUACAGGGGCGCCGGGGAGAGCGACGGCAGCAUGUACGGCCAGUACGACGAGGCGGCGUGGCACGGGCAGGAGGGCCACGCGUGCCCUGAACACUACCCGCUGUGCGCCUUCACCGCCCAGCAGAUCAUGGACGAGUACAGGAAGGGCGUUGCUGCUUCAGCCAAUGAAAACUGAAGACUUUUUGCUUUUUAUUCCAAAAUUUAACAAGAAACGCUCGCAAAAGUUCUUGUGAUAAUAUUUUAGGUACAGUCUCUACCUCGGAUCAUGUUAUUCCUUUUAGAGAAUAAAUUAAUGCAAAGCACGCCCA